AAGACACCGCAUUUGUUAUCCCUAAAGUCCCACCCCAGUGCAAUUUUUGUACAAGUGAAACUGACGUAUUUCAGUGUUAACUGAAAUCUUCUGGCGCCAGUUUUUGACUUAUUUUCGCCUAUUUCGAACAGCCAUUCCUUUUUUUCUUAAAAAUGAGCAACAUAGUUACAGUUAUUGCUCCAGUAAAUAUUGCAGUAAUAAAAUACUGGGGAAAACGUGACGAGAAAUUAAUUUUACCGUUAAAUGAUUCCGUUAGUGCUACUUUCGAUACAAGUGUUAUGUGUGCUAAAACAUCGGUAUCUACUCAUCCGGAUUUCGUAGAAGAUCAGAUUUGGUUAAAUGGAAAAGAAGAGUCAUUUUCGAAUCCAAGAUUACAAAACUGCCUCAGGGAGAUAAAAUCACGAGCUGUUGCAGAGAAAACGAUUACUGAAGAUGUACUAUCAUGGAAAGUUCAUGUUUCUUCAGAGAACAAUUUUCCAACCGCUGCUGGUUUAGCAUCCUCGGCUGCAGGAUAUGCUUGCUUAGUGUCAGCUUUAGCAAAAUUGUAUAAAAUUAAAUCAGAUGUCAGUUCAAUUGCAAGAUUAGGCUCAGGCAGUGCAUGUAGAAGUGUUUACGGAGGUUUUGUAAGGUGGCAUGCUGGCUCAAAACCUGAUGGUAGCGAUUCUAUAGCCACACAAAUUGCAGAUUCGAAUCAUUGGCCUGAAAUGCGUGUUUUAGUACUUGUAGUUGGUAAUACUCAAAAGAAAGUCAGUUCAACUGUAGGAAUGAAAAUAUCUUCAGAAACAUCUGAAUUAUUAAAACACCGAAUACAACACUGUGUUCCCCAAAGAACUGAAGAAAUUAUAGAAGCUAUAAAGAACAAAGACUUUUCUAAAUUUGCAGAGAUAACAAUGAAAGACAGUAAUCAGUUUCAUGCAAUUUGCUUAGAUUCAUAUCCUCCUAUUGUGUACAUGACAGACAUUUCUCAUUCAAUUGUAGAUUUGAUUCAUAAAUAUAAUGACUUAAGUGGGGAGACAAAAGUAGCAUACACAUUCGAUGCUGGAUCGAAUGCUUGUUUGUACUUGUUAAAGCAUGAUGUCCCUAAAGUGAUUUCAUUAAUAAAAUAUGCAUUCCCUUCAACGUCACCAGAAAACUUCAUAACAGGUUUAAGUGUGGCCAAAGAAGAAAUAAAUACAGAUAUUUUAUCAAAGUUGUGUAUUGAACCAAUGGGAAUGGAUAUGAUUAAAUACAUUAUACACACUAAAAUAGGUGAAGGACCUACAGAAAUAGAUUCACAUUUGCUGGACAGUAACGGGCUGCCUAUUUCAAAGAUAAAAAAGAUAUAAAUUUUAUACUUUCCAACAAGGGGUGCUGAUGUGUAGCAGAUGGAAAAAAUUAUAUUCCUAAUCAAUGAAAUAAAACUGUACAAUAAAGUGUUAAUAAAUCGAAAAAUAAUAAAAAUUUAAUUAGGGUAAAUACUAAAACAAAAAUUAACAAUUAUCAAUACCUAUAGGUAUAUUUUUUCUAUUUGUUCACUCAUAUUUCUCUUGCAGUUGGAAUAUGUUUAUUAAAGAUCUUUGAAAUUUGACUUCUUUGUAGUAUUCUAUGUUAGAAGUUAAAUAGCUAAUAAAUUAAUAUGAAAUAAAAUCCAGGUGGCGAAAGAAUCAAUGCUAGUUUUCAUACCACAGCUGCAUUGUUUGAACCAUCUUAUCUAAAAUGUGUUCCACUGUGGCUAAUCUACAGACAGAAAGCAUUUUAAAUAAGGCACUGCUACUCUAGUCCUUUAAGCUAAUUGCAAUUAACUGUGACAUCUUGGAUCAAAUUAACUGUACUGCCUAUAUUUAUUUUUAUAUAAUAGUGCAUGCUGUUUUGUAACCAUUAUUUCAAUUAGACUUUUACAUUGAACAUAUUUAUUAAAUCAGAAGUUUUAAAAAGACUAUUUUUGUAGAUAAUUAUGAUUCACUAGAGGGGUUGGGGUUGGGUUGGUAUUGUCAUUAUCCUUUUGUAUUUUUGUAUGUAAAUUUACAUUAUAAUAAAUGAAGUCAUUUGGGUACGAAAA